AUGUCUGGUUUUACUGCACUCAACGGAACCUCGCCAAAGGUAGCAACUAAACCUGUUGCUACCGUCUCGAGCCUCGAUGCUCCAAACGGCACCACCGACGAGCAAACCGAUCUACCAAGUCCGGAGCCAGUGGCAGCUGUCGAAGCUUCUCCAGCUCCAGCCUCGGCGCCGCCACAAGCACCAACACCUGUUGAGGCUCCUGUUCCCGAUACUGCUCAGGCCUCUCCCGAAUUACCUUUCCCCAUUGUUGACGCGGGUUCUCCGACAUUUACGCCUGCGCAGGCUCCCGCCGCUCAAUCACCAAAUCAGCGCGAGAGCUGGCCCACCCAAGGCCUGGAACGUGCGCCUCCUGCGUCUGCAUCCAAUGAAAAUGACUCUUCUAGUAAGCGCAAGCGGUCCAGUUCGAGUGAGGGCCGUACGCAGCUCCCUACUCAACCCACGAAGCGGAAGGCCACCGAGCGCACGCAAGAGCGCACUCCCGAGACUGGGACCGUCGUUUCGCAACAGCAGCCAAAUGGCGACCACCAAACCGAAUCUCAGCACGCAGAGGCACAUGCAGAGGCAUCUCAAUAUCAGACCACUCCAUCUGUCCCCAUUCAUGUGCCCGCCGACCGUCAGCAUGCCGGACAAGUCGAAUACAGCCCUGUUACGCCCCAGAGCAGCAGCCAGGCUGUCGUUCAAUACCAGACCCCGACCUACUCGGAACCACGCUCCGGUGGUGUUGUACAGCAUGACCCUAAGAAGCGCAAGCGAAACUUUAGCAACCGCACCAAGACUGGUUGCCUGACCUGCCGCAGAAGGAAGAAGAAGUGUGACGAGGCCAAGCCUGAAUGCAAUAAUUGUAUCAAGGGGGCUUUUGUUUGCGCCGGGUAUCCUCCCCAGCGUGGCGCAGGAUGGCCCAAAAUGAUCGAAAACAAGCCAGGAGGCGUACCGCUCGAAUCCAAGGACCCUAACUAUGUGCCACCUGGUGCCUAUGGUAUGCCUGCUUCGCCCUACACGUCUUCGCAAGCCGCCAAUAACGGCCAAUCAGCCGGCCCCAAGCGCGAACCUCUACCUCAGUACCGUGGCCACAAUCUUCGUGUCGAGACAUCAAAGAACUCGGAUGGCCCGUCUGCCAGCCCCGACCAGAAGCUUCCGCCGGGCCCCUACACACCCGCAACCAACGCAUAUCCCACUCCGGUAUCAGCCAACAAUCAGCCGCCCGCUUUUGGUGAUCGCACCGCUAACGACUACCAGCGACACCACGACACUCUCGCACCCCCUGUAUCAAGCGCUCAAAUCGCGGCUCAGAUGGCUCUCUCUCACCCUCAGGCACAACCUCACAACAUGACCGUUGCAUCUUACGACCAAAGGCGUCCAAGUCAGAAGGAGGAAAUGCUCCAAGGAGGUUACUUCUAUCAGUUUGACUCGGAACUGAUCCUGGAGCGAGAUCGCGCGGCCACGGCCUGCUGGCGUUUUAAUUCGCUGACGUACCCUCCUACCAACGGUGUGUCUACCGAGGAGCGUGCUCGUCUAUUUCUUGAGAUUGUGCAGCCGCGUGAUUCACCUUCCUUUUCCGCUGAAGAAGCUUCUAGUCGCAGCAAUGCUGGUCGUGUUGGACGUCAUGUUGCUGUCGAGUCUCCUUUCCAUUGCGAUUAUGGCUAUAACAUCAGCAUCGGUAGCCACGUUUACAUCGGGAAAGGCUGCACCAUGAAUGACGCGGGCAAAAUACAGAUUGGCGACAACUGCAUCAUUGGACCUAAUGUCAGCAUGUACACCGUUGAAUUAUCUACAGAUCCCAAGCAUCGUCAGGGUGGUCAUGGAGCCCAAUUGAGCAAAGCCAUCAUGAUCGACUCGGACUGCUGGAUCGGUGGUGGUGUCAUAAUUAUGCCCGGCAAAGUCAUUGGAAAGGGCUCUACCAUUGGCGCUGGCUCGGUUGUCACCAAGGACGUGCCUCCAUUUACUGUUGUUGCCGGUAACCCCGCCCGUGUUUUACGGGGUGUUGCUUCCAUGUAA